UAUAUAAUUAUAUGUAAGUACGAUAUUGUACAAUGUCGUUAUAGUAUUCUUCGCCCCACCCUUGUUUUUCGUAUAGCAAUGCUGCACACCUUGAUUUCAUGCAUUACGUACCUUUUCACCUUACGGAUAUGAGAUAGGUCAUAUCACAACAGUGAAAAUGAGCUCACAAGAUACAACUGACCAUGUGUCAGCAGUUAAUUCACCUAACAUAUCUGCAAGAACAAAAAAUUGGGUCCAAUUUGAAGAUGAAGCACCUGUUAAAGAUAAUAAUAGUUUAGAAGAGAAAACUAAAACAAAUGCACCAGCUGUAAUAAAGCCGGAGUCAGUAACAGUAAAUGUUGAGAAAAUUGGAAAAUCUGUUGAUAAUUCAGAUAAUCAACAAUCAAAAAAUCAUGAAUAUAGAGGUGCUGUGAUAUCAACUGAAUCCGUCCAAAUUAAUUUAGAUAGGUCAGGUUUAAGUCGUUCCAUUACAUCUGAAAGUCCAGAUCUGAAUUUACCAUCUGAUGUAAGAGUUUCUGAUCCUAAGAGUGCUUCUCUGAAGACCAUUGAUCUCCGAGAUGUAUCUAAUGGCAGAAGUACUACUAAUAAUAUUAUAAGUACACCUAUUGGAAACAUUAGACAAGGUUUUGCUAAUGGGGAUACUAUAGUUACUCUUUUACCAGUUAAUACUAGAUGGCCAUGGAUUACUCCAGCUAAAUUUCGUCCAGAAUUAGUACCAGAAGAAUUAAUGGCUCAAGGCUUAACGCUUACAGUAGAGGAUUAUGUACAUAUAAUGGAGUUGCUUGUGAACGAUGUACGUUUCAAUAUGUACAAUGUGUGCUACAAGAGAAUUCUUGUGCUUUGGAUAUUUACUGCAUUUAUUGUAUUACUUGGCUUAUUGUUUUCUGGAGUAACUGGUCUUACUUUAUUUGGGCUUGGCGUCAUGUGGUUAGUCCUCAAUGCUGCUGCAAUAUUUUUUUGCAUGUUCAUCAAGAUAAAAUUAAACCACAAUCUUGAGAAAUGUAUGGGUCAAGUGAACAAACAUUUACUUCGACAUAAAAUAUUGCUUGGAUUGGAUGAUAGAGGAAAAAUUUCAUGUCACAAAGUUAAUCUCUGCUUUAUAUACUUUGAUACUACAGAUUGCAUCAAAAAAUUACAAGAAGUUAUAGAACGUGAAGAACGCGAAGGAAGAGUAAUUGGCGAAGAUGGAAAUUCUGAAAUGCGACGAAAAAGAGAAUUGCAACAGCGAAUGGAUAUAGAUAACAGUGAUAUUGUAAUACAAGGCAAUACAACCACCAGAAUUUCUCGCAAGCAGGGUAAAAGCGAACAAGUAUUCUGCCGCUAUGUACAACGUUGGGCAAAGGAUUAUUUACGUCGCCGAUUGGAUUGGACAGUAGACGAAGAAGGUGGAAAUCCUUCUUCACCUCGUCACUUAGCAUCGGCUUUAUGUCCGUGUCAAUAUAUAGAAGAAUGGUUACGCAACAAGCCUCAUGUUCAAGGCAGAGAUUUCUGUCCUAGCUGGAGUAGUUUUCUUAAAGAUAGAGGCAUUUAAAGCAAAACUGUUUGAUAGAUAUAAAAAUUAAAAACAGUAUUGUUCAAAACAAUUUUAAUAGAUUUAAUAAUUUUUAUUUUGAACUUAUUGAAAUUAAUUUUAAUAUCACCAUUACAAUGGUUUUUAGCAAGACAUCUACAUUAAAUAAAAGAUAUUUUAAAAGUCAAAGAAUUCAAAUAGAUCUAUAGCUAUAUUAAAGUGUAAUAGCUAUAUUAAAAAUAGACAAAUCAAAAUUUAUAUUGAUGAAUGACAACUAGAAAAACUAACUUAUACGAAAUAUGAAAACUACUCAUAAUUAUGUACUUAACUAUACAAGAUUUUUACUUGUAACAAUAUUAAUUACAAUUAAGUUUACAUAUGAUAUUAAUAAGUGAAAUAUUUUUCUAGAAUUAUUUUUUGGUGAUUUGGAUUUUUAAUGAUACACUUGGUAUUG